CUUAUGUAAAAGGCUUACACCUCAUAAGACAAUAACUGUCACCUGGAGAAGAAGGUGGCACUAAUACUCCGGAGGUGUCCGAUUAUGCGUCAGCGAGGCGGACCAGUGCGCGUCUGUCCGAGCUCAUCCGGCACGACAUGGACACAGCAGAUAUCCAUUUAAUUAAACAUGACCUGAGGGGGAAGCACCAUGCACCGCUGACUUCUCUGCAGACAGGCCGGCUGCAGCCUCUCAGCUGAAGCAGCACGGGACAAGGCACAUCAUCUAUGGAGAUGGACUCUAAGGAAACUAUAGUGGAUUAUAUCAACAACCUAUAAAGACAAGUCCACAGUUCAAUCAUGGAGCACUACUUUUUGCCAGCGUUUUUUAAAUGAUUGUUUGUUCAUUCAACUUUGAGUUUUAUUCUAUGUCACAAUUUCUAAUUCGGAUCUUGGCAUUCUUUUAUUUAGCCUUGUUUAUGGUCUGAAACUGGUUUUAAUGAAGAUCAGGGAUGGUACCUAAAGUUGCCUGCUUCAGUGGGGACCAACUCCAGUAUUUGAUCAUCCACUUUGGACCAGCAAGAGCAAAAAAAGAGUCCAGUUCCCCACCAGUCUUGUUCCCCACCUCCGUUCCCUAAAUCCCAGGCUGCACCUCUUCCAUCCUGACAGUGGACCCCAGGUAUCCUCCUGUCUGGAUGACUAAGGGAAGAAUUGCCAGGACCAUAGCAUGGCUCGCUCCUCUCACCCCUCUGGCUUGGGGGACAUGACAAAUGGAGGAGGGCACCCCCGCUUCAACCACGGAGGCCAGACCGGGGGUUCCCACAACACCACGCGCUACAUGCUGAAGAAGCAGCACCGCCACAGACGCAGGUCCUCUUCACCUAUGGGCAGGGUCAUUCUCAUCAACGCACCUGUUGAUGGAGGGGAUGACUGUGAAGACAUUCACACAGUGACAGUAGACAAGAGUCCAGAUGGGCGGCUGGGUUUCAGUGUCCGCGGGGGCUCUGAGCAUGGACUCGGCAUAUUUGUCAGCAAGGUGGAGGAUGACAGCCCUGCAGCGCAGGCUGGGCUGACUGUGGGCGAUAAGCUGGUGGAGGUGAAUGGGGUCAGCCUGGAGAGCAUCACCAUGAGCAGCGCGGUGAAGGUCCUGACGGGCAACAACAGGCUGCGGAUGGUGGUGAGGCGGGUUGGAAAGAUCCCAGGCAUCCGCUACUCAAAGGAGAAGACCACAUGGGUGGAUCUGAUUCACCGGCGUAUGGUGGUGGAGGAGAGCGGCCGUACACCGUCAGAGGCCAGUUCAGACAGCGCUCUACGCAGGAUCAUACAUCUCUUCACCACAUCAGAUGACUACUGUCUGGGCUUCAACAUCAGAGGAGGCAAAGAGUUCGGACUGGGAAUUUAUGUUUCUAAGUUGGACCCGGGUGGGCUUGCCGAACAGCAUGGCAUCAAAAUGGGCGAUCAAAUCCUCGCAGCCAACGGGAUCAGCUUUGAUGACAUCACCCAUAGCAAUGCAGUCGAGGUCCUGAAGAGCCACACCCACGCCAUGUUGACCAUCAGGGAAGCUGGGAGAUACCCUGCAUACAAGGAGAUGGUGGCAGAAUACGGCUGGCUCGACAAACUGGCCAAUGGGGGCCCUGCUCCUUUCUCCCAGGGUUCAGACUCCAACUCCUCUGCCUCCUCGUUGUCCUCCAGCACCCCUCUAAGCUCCCUCAGUGGUCUCUCUCAGGUCUUUUUCCCUCCUGUCUUUGGCUCCGACAUGGUAGACGUCGCCAUCUCCACAGAGGACCGCUCCAGACGUCAAAGCAGCGCAGAGCGAACUGCUGACACCGCCAUACAGACAGACCCCUACCCUCCAAACUACCCGGACCACCCCUCGACUAAUGGGUCAUACCACGACAGGCUGGUCGCCACAGAAACCAGCCGGACUGUAGGUGCCACAGUGCUGCUGAAGGACACAGUCAUACGCGGGAAAGGGGAAGGGCCGAGGGAGAUGGGAGGAGCUGGAGAAGGAGGGCGGUCCCGUACAAGGACGCUGUCAUCUGGGGACCAGGAAGUAGUGAAACACUCUCCUAAGACGGAAGCGCUGAUGGCCCUAAGCAGACCACGGAAGCCAAUCAGACGUUCCCAGAGCCACAUCACUGCGUCAGAGGACAGAGAAAAAAAGAAGAGGCAACAGAAGGAGAAGCGCUCGGGAGAGGGUAAAACCAGCCUGCAGCGAUCUAAAACCUUUGUCAACCUGCUCUUUAAGAAAGACCGGAAAGAGAAGAGCCGCUCCAAGUCACCGUCUCACCAUGCCGACAAAGAUAAGGAGCGGGGUCGUCCCUUCCAACUCUUGACCUCUCCGAGGGAAUCCCGUGCUGGGGUUAAAGACAGCAGCCCGCUGCCCCGACCAGAGACCCUGCAGCUCGUGGAGGACAUGGCAAAGAGACUGCUCAGCCAGGAUGAAGUGGCUGCUGUGAUGAGACACUGUCGGCGGUUUUUGUCCGACAAUGUGAUUGAGGAUUUAGUGCGUCCCCUUUUGGCAAUCUUGGACAGGCCAGAGAAACUGCUACUUGUCAGAGAAAUAAGGAUGCUGAUACCUACUACUGAGGUGGCUCGGUUUGACAGCAUGGUCAUGCCCUUUGAGCUGGAGGCGUACGAUAUUCUCAAGAGUCGCUCUGCUCGUUCUCCAGCUCUGCGCUCCCCCCGCAGUGGAACCCCUCGACGUCACCUCAUCACCCCAAUCCCAGACUACAGAGGUGGGUUCCAGCUCCAGCCAGUCCAGGACACACUUCAGGAGCGUCAGUUGAUUGAGGAGUUGGAGAGAUUACGUUUGUCCGGCCAACAGUCAGGCCAUCUGCCUCCAUCCCGUGCCUUCACCCCUCUGCUGGAUGUACCUGUGGACAACUACAUCUCCUCUACUGGGCGCUCGCGCUCCCUGAGCCCCUUACCCACCCACAGCUUCCUCCUCACCGAAUCACCACACAGCACCCAACGUGGGCACCAACACCAUCGCUCCCCUAACAGAAGAGAGAAUGGGGCGUCGCGGUAUGAUGAGGUCUCCUUGUUGUCAGUGUCUGACCGGGGAGACGUGGCUUCUGAACGAGGGAGGUCACCUGUGAGGAACGGUCAUGGGAGAGCGAGGAGGGAGGCGAGUCCCGAGAGCGUAGAUGGCAGACAGGGCAGGCAGGAGGGCUACACAGAGGUCAGUGUACAUGUUCCUUCCCAACAGCGAGGGAGAACCCCGCUGGCUGAUGUGUUUGAGCCACGGAGAGACAAGAGUCCGUCCACAGGCAGAGAGAGCAGUCAGCAGCUAAAUGGACAUUCACAAAAUGGUCACGGUGUGAAAAGAAGAGCAACUCUGCUGCCUGAGGAGUAUGAAAUCCACACUUUGACCAUCUCUAAGGGCAAGCAGUCACUGGGUAUUAGUAUCUCUGGAGGUAUGGAGUCUAGAGUCCAGCCCAUGAUAAAAAUUGAGAAAAUCUUCCCAGGAGGAGCUGCAUCUAUGAAUGAGGCUCUGAAGGCAGGGUAUGAGUUGUUGUCCGUGGACGGCGAGAGUCUGCAGGGGGUGACUCAUCAGCACGCGGUGGAUGUAAUUCGCAGAGCGUUCAGCAACAAGGCCAAAGACCCGAUGGUUUUUGUGGUCAAGGUCUCCAAGGUCCCUACCACCCCCACUAGCCCCAGGAGACCUGCGGACUGACCUCUGUGUGCCUCACAGUCGGACUGCAGUUCGGGCAUGAAGGACACCAAAACCCUGCAACUCCUGUGGGAGCGAAUAAACUACAGGAUUCAGAGAGGAUAUGGGAUGGGUAGAUCUCCGGUCAUAGUGGAGAGGAAGGGAUGCACAGAAGCAUUUGUCCUGCGAAAGGCAGAGUUAUGACAGUAAAUUUGUCAAAGAGAAAGGUGGACAUGCUGAAGCAGCUUAUUUAUCCGGAUUAAGAUUGUUAUAGGUCACUUUUGUUACGAUGAAAUGUAAGUGUUGAAGUAUAACUGUUGCAACUUUUAUAAAAUUCUUAGUGUUUUUACUAAAUGCCUACAUUGCACAUUAACUGGACAAAAAGUAUGUGUUUUAUGAUAAGAUCAUGGUUCAUGAAUUCCUCCUUGGUUGAAGUUGUGCCACUAUUUGUCG